CUUUUCGGCUCGAGAAACCGAUAGGUGGCUCUUUGAUUUCUGUCACCGCCUCUUCGUUUUCUUCCGGCCGCCAUUUAUUUUCUUCAGUGUUGCGUCUUCAAAUACUCAAUCAUCAGUUGCGAUAAAGGAGAUAUUUUUCGAUCAAUUUUAGGUUAUAUUCCGAAGUUUUAUCACUCUUUUAUACAAAUCAAGAUAUUCUAGUGGAUCGAGUUUCGGAUCUUAGAACGGUUCUAGGUCUUAGAUGCCUUCUUCUCCGGUAAUGGCGACGGGAUCUUCAUACUGGUGUUACCGCUGCAGUCGCUUCAUCAGCGUCUGGCCGCAGGAUGCGAUCGUCUGUCCCGACUGCGAUGGUGGUUUUCUCGAGGAGGUUGAGUCCUCACCGAGUCUCGCACGCCGUUAUCUUCUCAGCGGCCAUGGGGCUUCCCCAGAAAACCACCCCGAGCCCAUUCGAAUACGCCGCCACCGACGAAACGGAACCGGAGACCGCUCCCCUUUCAAUCCUGUGAUCGUUCUUCGUGGCCCUUCUGACGGCGGUGGAGGCCGCGACGCUGAUCGCCCUUUGAACAGCAGCUUUGAACUCUACUACGACGAUGGGGCGGGGUCUGGCCUUCGUCCUCUUCCAGCGAAUAUGUCUGGGUUUCUGAUGGGAUCCGGUUUGGAGCGGCUACUAGACCAGCUUGCGCAGAUCGAGAUUAAUGGCCUUACGGGUCGCGGAUUUGAGCAGCCGCCGGCUUCCAAGGCUGCUAUCGAGUCUAUGCCGACGAUCGAGAUCACUGCUUCGCAAGAUUGCAACUGUGCCGUUUGUAUGGAACCGUUCGAUCUCGGAGCUGAAGCGAGGGAGAUGCCCUGCAAGCACAUCUACCAUCAAGAUUGCAUCUUGCCGUGGCUCUCGCUGCGGAAUUCCUGCCCGGUGUGCAGGCAUGAGAUGCCCACUGAUAUAAGGGGGCGAGGAAUGACGGAGCACCACGGAGAUGACCGAAGUCCGUCAGCCGUCGGCGAGGAUGAAACCAUGGGACUUACUAUAUGGAGACUUCCUGGUGGAGGGUUUGCAGUUGGGAGGUUUACUGGGGGGAUAAGGGCGGGGGAGCGACAGCUGCCGGUUGUUUAUACUGAGAUGGACGGCGGGUUUAAUUCUGGCCUUGCACCGAGGAGAAUCUCCUGGGCUUCCAGAGAUAAUAGGUCUCAACAGAGAGGAGGAAUUGGACGGAUAUUUCGUAAUAUGUUCUCAUUUUUGGGCAGACGUCGAUCUGCACCUUCUCGUCCCAGUUCAGAUUUUGCUUCUUCAGCUUCUGAUAGGACCCGGAGAAGCAGAGCCUUUCAGGUCUAACAGAGGUGAGUUUUCUGUGAGGCGUUAGUGAGAACCACAUUAUUUUAGAUAAGCUUUAUUCAAGUUGUUUGUUCAAUUUCAGUAGAGAGGAGAAAUCAUUGUGUAGAAGAUGCAGAACGCCUGAUCUUUUUUUCUAUAUAAAUCUAAUGUAAAUACAAAGAAUCUGGAAAAAAGUUGCGCCUUUUUUCUGCUAUAAAUGUGGCUGGUGGCUUUGAAGAAACUUAAGCUUUCCAGUUUACCCGUGAAGUUUAAAGGUAUUCAUUUUAUCCAUUUUGUUUUCUUAAAACAAAAUGUCGUUCCAAUUAUUGAAUCUUAAUCUAAAAUUGCUGUGUAGUCGUCUUUUUUUUUUAUGAUGGUUGAAUUGGAAAGGAUGGUGUAGGUGCGC